CAUGUAUGUAAUAUAUUCAGUGUCACAAUGUUUAUGAACAUUAUGUCCGCUCACUCAUGCGUUUUAAUAAUACAGAUCUAGCUAGUCCAUGAAACAAAAUAUCCUAGUUGCGUCGACAAAAUGUAUUUAUAAACGAUAAAAGAAACGUUUAUAAUUCACUUUAAUUCAUUCUUAAAUAAAUAUGAGGAGUUGUAAAAGUACAAGAAGUGGAGUUGAGGUGUGGAGAAGUGGCGUGAUAAGGAUAUAAAGAACGCAAUUAUGUAAGCAGUUGUGUACCCAAAAGUGCAGAUUCUACCUGUGUUGACAGGUUACAUGGCGGAUAUAUCACGAGUGGAGGGACGUACUAUAUUGUUUAAAACUAAAACUAUACUUGCUGUUAACCAAACUUACUUUCAACCACACAGAGGAGGAAGGUCCAUUUAUACGAAGAUGUCUGAAAACAGUUGAAGAACGAUCACCGAAUGCGGAUAGAACGGAGGUUGCCGCGGGCGGGGCCAGGGUUGACCUUGCUGCUGGUUGUCUUCCUUGCGUUCGGCCCGGCAGCCUCAUUCUGCCAGGAGAAUGGAACCAGCAGCUUUCGGUCAUGGACGCGGUCGGGGACGCUCGUGCUACGCGUACUGGCUGCCAUUCACGAACCGGAUGGUGUUGGUGGGUGCUCCGGGCGGCUAUCCACGGCCGUCAUCGAGCAUCUUGUGGCACUAGAUUUUGUGGCCGGUGUUUUAGCUAAGAAUGGAGUAGAUCUAGGUUACGAGAUAUUUGACACGUGCAGCAGCGAGGCCCACAUUGCCGCCUUACUGGUCCCAGGAUUCCCAUCGACCACGUGCCAGCCGGAUGCACGGACAAACACUAUAGGGACGCUGGUGCUGGUAGACGUAGAGGGCGGUCGACUGGCUGGUCGGCUGGUUCGGGGUAUGCCUGUGUUCCGUCCUCUUCCGGCCGCUAUACAGUCGGUCUCCGACCCAAUAUUGAUCCAUACAGUUGUCCCAAUGGAGCAAGAACUCAAGGCAAUACUGUCGUUGUUGAAAAACGCUGACUGGAAUUUUGUGGCGGAAGUGCACAGUACGGAUGAGUACGGUAUGUCGGCAUCUGCACGUUUCCAGGCGCUUGCACGGUCAGCAAGUGUUUGUUUGACCAUGAGCGUGGCUGCUGGACAUGAGGCGUUGGACCGGAUAUACUCUUUCGCUCGAAAAGAGGCAGUAGAUACAACUCUUACGGUGGUAUAUUUCGGGAACUCUGAGACAUUCAUUGCAAUGUUAAACUCAACGAGCCCCUCGGCAGGUAUCACGUGGUUAGUGACGUCAGCCAUACACGAGAGCAUUAAAUCCAAAUUUCAUCGAGAACAUGGAGAAGUCUCUGUUGUUCACGUGGACCAUCCGUUCUACGGCAACAAAACGAACCAAAACUGGCAUUUUUAUUCCUAUUUUCAAAAUAUACGUAAUGGUUUCGAGCUUAGCCCGAUCUCCGAUCUGGUUUCUCAGUUGCCAUCCAAUCACUUGCUGGAAUUGGAACCAAAGCACGUGCUUGACGCCGUCCUUGCCGGCGCGCUAGCGGCGAACGACACUCUUCACGUGUCAUGCGGGGAACUUGAUAUAAAACAAUGCUUGGCGACAAACUCUUCCAUUGUUGAAUCUCUUACUGAGACCAUUCUGUCAAACACGGUCAAUGUCACCGAAUUCUUCAAGGACCUCGAGUUUUAUCCAUACGCUUCCAAGGAAAUAAGUUUCAACAAAAACGGAUUUCAGAAUUAUUCCUUUCUUCGCUUAUCGAUGAGUACCUAUGAUAAAGCUAAUGGUGUCGAGGAAAUAUACACACAUGUCUGGGAGGCUGAUGCGGAUGCGGACCAUUGUACGCUCACGCUAGGCGACCCCAGGACGCUGCCUGUCUCUGCCUGCCGUAAACAUUGCGAGAAAUGCGUGCACGUGGACGAGGGUCGGUUCUCGUACUUGCACGGGGAGGAGGCGCUCAUUGUCGGCCUCUUUACCAUCCGUAACUAUGGUUACUCCACAUUCACCUGCGGGUUACUCCGAAACGAGACGAAUGACAUCAUCACAGUUUCAGCGUUUAUGCAUUCAGUGCAAGAAAUGCGUAACACAACGGGCAUUGAUUUCGGUGCGUUAGCUAUUGAUGAUUGUUACAACGGAAUCAACACAACCAGCUUUCUUUUCAAAUUUCUAGACAAACGUUUGAUUUUGACGGAUUUCACAACUGGUCACGUGGUAGACGCGGACCGCGUAGUUGCGGUUGUAGGAUCUCUGUCGUCGCCCGUAACGAUACUUAUCGGGGACAUUGUAAACGCGGCAAACCUUCCGCUAGUAUCUUACAGUGCGUCUUCUAUGGAGUUAGACAACCGUAUCCGAUACCCGUACUUCCUGCGUACCGUGCCUAGCGAUCCGGUACAGAUUCAUGGCAUGAUACAGCUGGUGGUGCAACUAGAGGUCAACCACGUCGGUCUUGUAUAUAUUGAUGAUGCGUAUGGUAUAAACGGGAAAGAAGGAUUGCUUAAUGAGGCUAAACUUAAAAACAUUUGCAUUAGAGACCCAAUUUCCAUUUCACAAGAUAUGACAACGUCACAGUUAGAUAAAGUCAUUAACAAGCUUUUCACCCAGCAAGUACGUGUCGUGUUGUAUUUUGGAAUAGACACGUUGGCGCGUCGACUACUUCUUACCUUUAAAGACAACGAUAACCAAGGCAAGCCGCUUAUAUUUAUAGCUAGUGACGGUUGGGGCACGAACCGCGAGCUGGUAGCGGCGGAAGUAGAAAAGGCCAGCCUUGGUGCCCUUGUGUUCACUGUAUCAGCCAAGGAGUUCCAAAGUAUUUCAUACAGACAGUACCUAGCUGGUUUAAACAUUUCUCAAACAUAUUUUAAUAAAUGGAUCCCAAACUAUUUCGAGAACAUUAAUUAUUGCAAUUUGAUUUCAUCAUUUGAAAAAGACAGGUUUCGUAAUGGCGCUAGGUGUGAAAAAGAGACGAUGACUACAUACUUGAACGAUUCGCUUGUCGGCAAUUUGGUCAAGGACCAGAGAGGUGUUCACACGGGCCUCGCCGUACAGGCGGUGGCUUCCGGUUACAAACAAUUCUGUACUGAACGCCAAAUCCGCAGCAUCCCCUGCUACCAGGCGGCCCGCACUUCCCCGACCGACCUGGUGAACAGCAUCCGGCGUCAGAGCAUCAGCGGCAAGCGCUUGUUUGAUGAGAGCGGAAACGGAAAUAUAGGGUUCACCAUUCACAACAUCCAGCUGGACGCAGAUGGACGUGCAUUCUACAAAGAAAUCGGCAGCUUUGGGACGGAUGGACGGUUAACCCUCACAUCAAACCCGAAGUUUUACAACAACCAUCGAAAGAAUGUGUCCCUGCAGGAUCCGAAAGAGGAGUUUUACUACUACACCCGCUGCGCCAAUUACCUGAGCACUAAUGAGUGUGACCCCAUGAUAUGUGUCGUGCCGAUCAACUCGACCGUGACCACUGCCGGCACCGUAACAUCGACCUCCGCGCCGCCCACACCAAUGCCUGUGCAAAGUAGUCAAACGAUGGAGGUGAUCGUGGUGAUCCUGGGCGCCCUGCUGGCUGUGUUCGCCAUCAUCCUGGUACUUAUUUCUGCCUUCCUGUGCCGGUUCUACCGCCCGCCGGCCCCCACCAAAGCAAUCUCAGAUGAAGAGCUGGAUGUAUAUGAUUCGCCAUCGUCCGUCACUCGAACGUUUGGCAAUCUAGCCUUCGACAUGGACAGUUUAACCGGCCGACAGCACAGCCAGUCUGGGUCAGUGAUUGGCUCGGCGUCGGCAGAUAGCCAGGUCCAGUACGCGGACAUCCGCGGUCAAAGCCAUCUGUCCGACAGCGACUUGCUACGUCUUCAUGCCUUAAGUUCCAUGGAACGACCAAGUUCAGUGGCGUCAGCGCCUGUGUCCCGUCUACACAAAAUCAGUAAAACACCUGCCUUACAGAAGUAUAAGACGAUGGAUUUGGUGGGAAAGCCGGGCAAAUAUAAACAGUCUCCUGGAGCACCGCGUUCAGCUCCAAUGGGGAGUACGACGAUGCCUGUCUACCGGUCACGUGCCGAUUCUUCCCCUCGCUUCCGGUGCCCAAGCUGGGAUAAAGACGACCCUCACUACAUAUACCCAAAUGACAGUCAACUUAAAAGGGCCGUUCAAACUCGACACAAUGCGGUGAGUGACGACGACUUAUCUGAUUCGCCAGACACGCAGGUGGAGGAGAGGUCGGACCCUAGGAAUCAAGAAUCCCAAAUACAGUACCUGAGUGCACGGGACCUUCAGGGAGGGAGCAGCGAUGAGGAGGACGCCGCGGAGGAAGGGGAAUCUCAAAACACAGAGAGGACUGGGGAUGCCCCGUCUGGUGUAGGUCCAACAAGCAAUAAACGGAUUACAUCAUCCUCCAGUACUGUAAUAACCUCACCUAAUGACCUUGAAAUAAUAAAUAUAAACUUCCCAUAUAACAAAAGACAUGUACCAGUAGACAUGAAAUGUCACGGUUCAGACAAUCAGUUCACAGGGAAGUCAGACAAAAGCGGAACGCGCGCCCAUGUUCCGGAUAUCAUUAACUCCGUACACAGUCCGUACCAGCACGGGAUCGAGGAAGACGGGGUCUUCAUGAUAUGAUGUAACUACCGUACCACAUAAGGCGAUGUGAAAUCGGAUCAAUUAAUUUGCUCAAACGUUUUAAUUUCAAGUACAGUGAAUACUUAAAUAGUUCAGUUUGCAUGCGAAGGCAACCAUUGCAAUCACUAGGUUAAUGUUAGAGGAACGUUUAGUAAUGUUGCAGGGAAUUGCAAUAGACGUAAAAAGUCGAAUACAUUUGGUACUAAAGGUGACAUUUUACUCAGCCAGAGACGUGCAAUAGAAAAUGUGGUGGACAGUUUUUGUGUCAAUCGGCUAAUUAUUGCAUGAUUUUUAUCUAUAUAUAUUUUUAAAACGUAUUCAUAUAAAUUACCAGUACAUUCAUGUUUUAUAUGUGUAUACACGUUUAUGAUCAGUUUUAUAACAUGUAUGUGACUGUGCUUUUCUAAAUAAUAGUAUUGUUUGUGCAUGCAACUUUUAUCUUUGUUUAUUUGUAUUUAGAGGAGAGAAAUGCAUUUAAUACUCAACUUUUUUUAUCAUAAUUCAUAAGCGAUUGCCGUAAGUGUAUAACCAUGCCGGUUGUGCUGUCAUGUUGUACAUUACGUGUGUCAAAAUACAUUUGGAACAUA